CGUGUGGCACGUGCCUUCCCUAACGACUUAAACCGUUUUAUCCCACCUGAAUGCUGACUCAGCAAGAUUCUCUCUCUCUAGACUCCCCUCUCUCUAACCGCUUCAGUACCUCGAGUAACCCAUAACAGAGCUCUCACCCCAACCAAUUCUCUCUCUCUCUCUCUCUCUCUAGAGUCAUCAACAGAGUAAAGCUUCUCCCAAGUGAAAUACUGGUUGUUCGAACGUAUAUCGUCGUAUGUACAUUGGAAGAGUGAAAAUGGCGAAGUUGUGCGUAUGGUUGUAUCUCUCUGUAAUGGCCUUGUUUGCAGUUCUGGUUCCCGAGGCCUCGGCUCACACCGGCUAUCUUGACGUCCUGGCUCUUCAAGAUCUUUACACUUCUCUGAACAGACCACCUCAACUGAAGGGAUGGAGACUGGGUGAUGCGGACCCAUGUGAAGAAUCAUGGACAGGAGUUUCGUGUUUUGGAUCAUUGGUCAUACACAUUGAACUACGUGGGCUGGAGCUUACUGGAAAUCUAGGUUCCCACCUCACCGACCUCCUCAGUCUGAAACAGCUGGAUGCUAGCUUCAAUAACAUUAGCGGCGAAAUUCCAUCCAACCUACCUUUUAAUGCCACACACAUAAAUUUGGCUUGUAACAACUUUACAGCAAAUAUCCCAUCCUCCUUGAUCUCCAUGAGGAAUCUUCGGCAUCUGAAUUUGAGCCACAAUUCAUUAUCUGGGCCCAUAGGAAAUGUAUUUGAUGGGCUUCUGAAUCUAAGAGAAAUGGAUCUAUCAAACAACAACUUCAAUGGAGAUCUACCUAGUUCCUUUGGGACGCUGAUGAAUCUUCAUAGAUUGUUCUUGCAGAAUAAUGGAUUCACUGGAUCAGUAAUCCUAUUGUCUGGUCUUCCUCUCACUGACCUGGACAUACGAGACAAUCAUUUCAGUGGUCUUAUUCCUAACCAAUUUCAACAUAUACUUAAUCUUUGGUUGGACGGAAAUAGUCUCAAGGCAGGAGGAGACGACCCGCCGUGGGAUUUCCCACUGCUAAAUGUAACGGCUGGGCAGAAUGUCAAAAGUCCUCCAACUACUGAGUCAAGCGCCAUCGAGAGAAAUCCUUCUCAUAAAGCAGGUGGACACAAGAAGAAAGGUCUAGGUCCUGGGGGUUUAGCCUUUACCCUUGGUGGAGUAACCCUAAUGACAACAUGUGCAGCACUCAUCAUUGUGAUCCGAAUACAUCGAUCUCAUGCCAAAAAGCGCUUAAGAGUGGAAAUCUGCGGUGACUGCUCAAACCACUCUCUUCCAAUCAGUUCAACCAUAGAACAUUCAUCUGGAGCACAAGAGAGCCCACGGACCUCGGGUAUCAUGUAUCUUCCAGUGCUUGCCCCAAGGCGUGUACCACCCAAUCGCACCACAAAGGACAGAAUGUCUAGAAGAAGUUUCUCUAAGAAACGGAAAAUCCCAAUCAGUGCGAAAGUUUACACUAUGGCAGAGCUUCAAUCAGCAACAAAUGGUUUAAGUGAGGAGAACUUUCUUGGAGAGGGAUCUCUUGGAUCUGUUUACAAAGCAGAGCUUCCCAAUGGACAAAUCUUGGCUUUAAAGAAUAUCAACACUGUAGUGCUGUCUCACAACGAAGAAGAACAAUUCUUGGACGUGAUUUGGAAUGCAGCCCGGUUGAGACACCCAAACAUUGUGACACUUCUAGGUUACUGUUUAGAGCACGGACAACAUCUUCUUGUUUAUGAGUACGUCAGAAAUCUGACUCUAGAUGAUGCUUUACACUCUGAUGCAUAUAUGACUCUCUCUUGGGGCCAACGUCUCAGAAUUGCUCUUGGCGUAGCACGAGCUUUGGACUAUUUGCAUUCCACAUGCAUGCCUCCUGUUCCUCACAGCAACUUAAAAGCUGCUAACAUCUUACUUGAUGAAGAACUUAUGCCUCGUCUCUCCGACUGUGGGCUGGCUGUUUUGAGGCCCCUCACAAGCAACAGUGUUAAACUCAAGGCUUCUGAAAUGGCUAUUACCAAUACCGGCUACGUUGCACCUGAACGCAUCCAAAACGGAUUUGACAGCGUAAAAGGGGACAUAUAUGCUUUUGGGGUGCUUCUUUUGGAGCUGUUAACGGGAAAGAGGCCUUUCGAUGGUUUUAGACCAAGGGAAAAGCAAUCACUGGUAAAAUGGGCUUCUUCCCGGCUUCAUGACAACGAGUCUUUGGAAAAUAUGGUUGAUCCAAACAUGAACAAAUUACUCUCCUCCAGGGCUCUCUCUCGGUUUGCUGAUAUUGUCUCCCUCUGUGUCCAGGCUGAAAAGGAAUUUCGACCGCCAAUGGCUGAAAUAGUGGAAUCACUCUCCUCUCUGAUAGAUAAGGUGGGGACAGGGGAAACAUCUGCAGCAGAUAACAACGAAGGUGAUCCAUUCAAUAAGUCCUUCCGUUCGACACGUACCCGCUUUUUUAGCUCACCUGUUAGCUAUUGACUCAUCUUAAGGAGUUCUUUCAUCCUAGUAUGGUGUUGUAAAACUAGCUUCUGCUAGCAAAGGGGAACAUAACGCAUAGCAGUGCUUUUCCACUGUUGCAGUUCUUGAUUCUUUGUAUGAAAGUUCUUCUGCAAAAACAGUCAUGCUAGUUCUUGGAGAACAAUAAAAGUCUUCCAA